AUGGUUGCAGUGACAAUUUACAAUGCCUGUGGUGCUGUUGUUGAUGCUCAAUUUGUGAUGCUUCAAUUUGUGCUACCCGAAGGGUGCCAUCGUCGACUUUCUUUGAUUCGAUUUGCCCAAGAUGACAAAAACUCUGUUAACUUGUUGACCAAGGAGAGAGCAUUGCCUCCAUCAGUGCAGCUUCUCAAUCCAGAGGAAGCAUUGUCGCUCCAAGAAGGUCAGGAUCACACUCUACUGACUCUACAAUUAAUCAUCGGCAAAGAAAGUGAAGACGACAAUAACAACGAGCACGAGGAUGCUUUGCACUACAAAGGAUUUGUUUUGAGAAACUGCUUUGGUCGUGUACUCUUCACAGAAUUAUUUUCAGAGGAUCUUACGGCAUCAAUGGCUGACAACGCAGUGAAGCUACGGUGCUUUCGAUGCAGUUGCUUCACAUUGGAUGACAUCAAGCGCAACUCAACACUCAUGGGACAAGGCACUGCCACUGUCAUGUGUCCCUGCACUAUCUGUGUCUCUCCAAAGAAAGACUUCGCCUUCUAUCUUAUGAAACCACGUGAUGAGCAACCUCUCAAUGAUUGA